GUGCGUUUCGCUUUAGAGCCGGCGGCUGGUUUGGCAGUCUAGAGCUGUGUCUAGUGGGUAGAGGGUGUCCGAUCGGUCGCUUCGCUGUCACCGCUGGAGAAAGAAUCUGACAACUGAGCUGGACGACCACGUCUGCGAUAGGGAACAGCAUGCACAGAAACUGGGGUGCCAGUGCUGGAGCCAAUGAUACUUCCAUGGAGUGGGGAAGCGACUUCGCAGCUCGCCUCGGGCUUGAGGAACGACGGGACCAUCGAGCAUGCCCGGUCAUCGUCCGUCCCAACCACAACCCUGAUUGCUUGGAAAUACGGAAUGGGAACUUGGGGCGUCUUCUAACCCAGCGCAGUGUUGCAGAUCUCCCCGUAGUGGUUUGCUCAGUCGCAGGGGGUUUCAGACUGGGAAAGUCCUUCCUUCUCGGCUUCUGUAUCAGGUAUCUGGAACACUUGGAGACGUCGCCAUAUCCGUCCGGUUGGAUGGACGACGACAAUAUACCCUUGACAGGCUUUUCUUGGAGGUAUGGCAGCGAAAGAGAGACGACUGGAAUUCAGCUCUGGGGAAAAGUUUUCAAAGUCAUGACGAGAAAACACGGGCCCGUAGCAGUCGUUCUGAUGGACACGGAAGGCUCAUUCGACAGCACGUCUACGCUGGAAGGAAAUGUCACAAUUUUCUCAAUGAGCAUGCUAUUAAGCUCUGUCCAAGUGUACAACCUGUCUAAGCAAAUAACCCAGUCCGAUUUGGAGCACUUGAAGCUAUUUGCGGAGUAUGCUAGCAUGGCAAGAAAUAAGGAGGGUCAGGGGAAUGAAGUCUUCCAGAAGCUCCUGUUUCUCAUUCGUGAUUGGCAAUAUCCUGGAGAGAAACCUUUUGGACUGGAAGGAGGACAAGCGCUGCUUCGCCCUUGGCUUGAAAGGAACCCCGCGCUGCCCCAUGAAGUCUAUGAGCUGCGUGAAAAUAUCAGAUCCAACUUCGCCGAAGUGAGAUGUUUCCUCAUGCCUAGACCUGGUGACGCGGUAGAGAACACCAGCUUCGACGGAAGGCUUCGAGAUAUAUCGAGAGAUUGUAAAUAUCACAUAGAAAAGCUCGUGUCCUAUCUUCUUUCACCCGACACGCUUGUCCCAAAAAAGAUCAAUGGAAGGAUUAUUACGUGCAAGGAGCUCGUGUGCAUGUUUCAGGCUUAUUUCAGCGUCUUCAACCAAAAGGAGCUCCCUCAACCCAUGUCUGUUUUCAACGCAACUGCAUUCGUCCACAAUAAGCGAAUCAUCGACGAAAUCGUGAAAAAAUAUGAAGCCGGGAUGGAACCGGUCGUCAGGACCAGUGCUGAUUUCGAAUCUGACGCUGAGAUUGAAAUGGAACAUGAUAAUCUCAUGAAACACUGCUUGGCACAGUUCGAGACCGAACAGAAGAUGGGAAAGCACGACACAGAACUUCGUGAACUGCUAAUUAAGGAUAUCAAUGCCCGGUUCGACAUGUGCAAACGCACUCGUGCAAUAUUGAGGGACUACAACGAGGACAUGAAGAAUCGUGCUGCGAAAGAACGACAGGAGAUUCAGCUUGCUCAUGAAGAAAAAAUCAGACAGAUUUUAGAAGAGCAGAGGACUAGACGCAUGGAAGAGGUUGUUGCUAUCGCUGGAGCACACAAACUAGAUGAAGAAAAGGUGAAACAGGCGAUGGAAGGUCAAUCAAUAGGAAGUAAGAUCUUGGAACUUCUGAUUGCGGCAGCAAAAGCUGCCCCCAGUGUGAUGCAGACCUUGGAGACCUAUUUGAUAUUUAAAGACAAUGAGAACUAAGCAGCAAUCAGGGCCUCCUUGUGAAAACCUGUGGCGUCCAUUGACAACUAGGGGCACCUGAAAUAGAAGAAAUACACAUGAGAGCAAUACACAGGCAGUAGUGGGAGAUUGGCGUUGAAUACAUAUUGAUUAGCAUGGAUGUUAAUAUCGGUCCCCUUUUGCAACUGCAACCCGACCCGAACGGGUUUAAUGUGACGUGCCUACCUUGAACUCGGGCAACGCAGGGAUAGCUGCUACGUGCCAAAUUAUUUUUACCGAAAUUUCUUUAACUAUGACUCGUUGAUUCGCAAGCUUUUCUUGGUAUUUAUUAUAACCCUAUGAAGGAUUCUUAGUAAACUCUGCCCACUACCUGACUGGGUACUGCCCAACUCGC